AUGAAGUACAUUCCAGCGAUAGCGUCCAUGAGCCUUGGACGAGCUUGGGUCCAUAACUUCGAAGACAAGAUCAUAGCUGCAUCUAUGUCUGGUUUCGAAGGUAUCGAAAUCUUCUACGAAGAUCUUGAGUAUCUCACGAUGACCACGCCCGUCUCUCCAGAUGAGAAGUCUACGCCAACCUCACAACAACUGUUGGCUGCCGCCAGAGAGGCCAAAAGAAUCUGCGAUGAGAAUCACCUGACCGUUAUUGGUCUACAACCCUUUCUCUUCUACGAAGGGCUGAGAGACCGACAACAACACGAUCGACUGAUAGAGAAACUGCACGUCUGGUUCGAUAUCGUCGAUAUACUCGGCACGGACAUUAUCCAAAUACCAAGCAACUUCUUGCCCAAAGAUCAGCUCACGGGAGACAUGAAUGUGAUCGUAGCCGAUAUGGUUGAAGUUGCCAACCUAGGCGCGAGCCGCGAACGACCCAUCCGGUUUGCAUACGAAAACUUAUGCUGGGGCACUUUUGUCGACACUUGGGACGCUGCGUGGGAGAUUGUGCAGCGUGUUGAUCUCCCAAACUUUGGCAUGUGCCUCGAUACAUUCAACAUCGCUGGUCGCAUUUGGGCUGAUCCCGCUUCGCCCACGGGCAUGGUUGAAGACGCCGAGGCUGCUCUCGCGGCGUCGUUAGCCAGACUUGUGAAGACAGUCGAUGUCAACAAAGUAUUCUAUAUUCAAGUUGUAUCGGCGGAGCGUGUCGACCCUCCACUAGAUGAGAAACAUCCUUACCAUGCGGAUGGUCAACCAAGCCGAAUGUCGUGGUCACGCAACGCUCGAUGCUUCAUUUACGAGACUGACAGAGGCGAUUACUUGCCUGUGGAAAGGGUGGCUAGGGCUAUCAUUGAGGGUCUGGGUUAUGAGGGUUAUGUGUCCAUGGAGCUCUUUUCGAGGACACUGUCUGAUCCUGCACCAGAAGUGCCUGGAAGUCAUGCCCGUCGUGGCAUAGAAGCCUGGAAGAAGUUCCAAAAGGCACUGAGUUUGAAGUAA